ACGUGUGGCUAAAGACCAUUCCACAAUCAGAAAAGAAAACAACAAAAAUAGUUCAGCCGAAAGCAUAAAACUCCCAGUUCAACAUUUAAUAUAUAUGCCAACGACAUGUGUCAUAGAUUUCCCUGAUCAGCUAGAAAGUUAAAAAUAUCAAUAGAACUUCUCUCUCUCACAACCCAGAAAGAGUUCUUCCAAACACCCACAUUAAUGGCACAACUUACAGCUCAAAGAGGUAUGAAACCACUAUUCAAUGGUGAUAGAUUAUUAAUUGGGUCUGAAAUUAGAGACCCAUUUUGUAGUAAAGUUGGUUGUGGAUUAAGACUCAUUAAUACCCAUCAAAAUCAUUUCCACAAGGGAAAAAAGAGGUUUCAUGGGUUUAGAUCAAAGACAAGGAUUUUCAGUUCUUUAAGGAACAAAUCAAGUAGUUCUAACGCUGAUGGACGAUCAUCAAGCAUUGGUUAUGAUGGAGGGGAUGUUGAUUUUGAUCCAUUUGAAUUUAAAAAUGAUGAGUUAGCUUGUUUUAGAGGAUUGGUCUUGGAUAUCUCUUACAGGCCUGUCAAUGUCGUCUGCUGGAAGCGUGCUAUUUGUUUAGAGUUCAUGGAAAAGGCCGAUGUCUUGGAAUAUUAUGAUCAGACCGUAGAUUCUCCCAGCGGAUCCUUUUACAUACCAGCUGUCCUAAGGGUUCCCCACUUACUGCAAGUUGUCAAAAGAAGAAGAAUCAAACAAAACCUCAGCCGGAAAAAUAUACUUUUUCGGGAUUUUUUCAUGUGUCAGUACUGUUCCUCGCGUGAGAGCUUGACCAUUGAUCAUGUUCUUCCAAUCUCACGAGGUGGAGAGUGGACAUGGGAGAAUCUGGUUACAGCUUGUUUAAAAUGCAACUCGAAGAAAGGUCAUAAAACUGUGGAAGAAGCAAACAUGAAGCUUCUGAAGGUCCCAAAGGCACCAAAAGAGUAUGAUAUACUUGCCAUACCUUUGACCACUGCAUCUGUAAAAAUGCUGAGCUUGAGAAAAGGGACACCAAGUGAGUGGCGCGAGUACCUAUCUAAUACGCCUUUGGAGCAAUGACGCUGUUCGUCUUGUCAUUGUUGGUAAUCCUUGGACUUGGUAUGUUCUUAAUCUGUGUACAUAUUGAUGUUGUUCUGCUGCCUCCAUACUACAACGUGGGUCUGCAUUCCUCAUUAAGACCAUAUCGUAGUUUGUGUGGUAAUAUUCUGAAAUCCAAUCAGAAGUGGCAUUUAUUGUACUAAAAAAUGUAACAACUCAUGUAUAAUUGUAUAUCCACCGUAUAUCUUAACACACAACACUGUAUCUUCCAAUUUACACUUACUACUGUAAAGUUUCGGCAAAUAUAAAUAAAAAGAAUGCCACCUUCAUUA